AUGGGAGGGAAAGGAAAGGAAGGACAGCGGUGGGUAACCAAGCGGAGUGGGACGAAUUUUUCUGGUUUUAUUAAUGAUUUAGGGAUGGAGGAUGUGCCGUGCAAAGAUAAGAAAUUUAGUUGGUUCAGUAGUGAUGGUAGGUCGAAAAGUCGGCUAGAUCGUUUCUUGGUGUCUAGCAAUUUGGUUAAUUUGUGGGGAGUUGUCGGGCAACAGAUUGGAGAUAGGGAUAUAUCCGACCAUUGCCCCAUUUGGUUGGUGGUGGAUAAAAUGGAUUGGGAUCCGAAACCUUUUAAAUUCAAUAAUUCUUGGUUUCAAGAUAAGGGAUUUAUUGGUUUUGUGGAGAAGGAAUGGAGCGGUAUGAACAUUUAUGGGCAUGGUGAUUUUGUGUUGAAAGAGAAGCUGAGACUCCUAAAAAUUAAACUGAGGUGGUGGAACUAUAAUGUUUUUGGCAAAAUUAACCUGGAGGUGGAGGAAGGUGUCAAGGAGAUUAAUGCUUUAGACAACCAUUCUUCGGAUGUGGAGGUGGAGUCGGGAGUUAGAAGGAGGGCGAAUAGGAAAUUUUGGACUAAUCUUAAGAUUAGGAAAACAUGUUGA